AUGCCUGCGACCGGGAAUAUCUACUCGUGGAUGAUAUCGCACAGGAACAUAGAACUAGAAGAAGACGAGCACGGUGACACGAAAUGGCUGCUGGUUGUUGAUGAUACUGAACGCAGCGCCUUGGACCUCGCCAGAGAUUCUAAUACUACGCAACGGCAACUGCAGGAGGCGGUCCAGCUAGAAUUCAAGACGUUAUGGGAUCAAUUUAAUCUGUACCACACCUGGUCACUCACAGAGGCGGCCAAGCAGGGCGAUUUGUUCGCAGUACAGCGCCUGGUGGAGGCUGGUGCCGAGAUUCAUAUGCAGAGUGAUCGCUCAGAGAACAGCUACUCCGCAGUCCGAAUAGCGGCUCGUAAAGGACACAACCUCGUGGUCCACUAUCUACUGGACGCGGAAAAGGAUAGGCUCUCCCGCCAUAUAUAUACCCCGGAACGACUAGAGCGGGCAGUACGAGAUGGAAUCCAUGAAGAGGUAGCGCGAAUGAUUCCAGAGCGGGAUUUCAUCUCGCGAUCGUUGAGCGCCAAGAACGAGGCCUUGUGA